GAAGGGCCACAGCACUGACGCUGUUCUCAUCGCGGUGACGUAUGAGGCGGAAGCGGUGACAGAGCUGAACUUUGAGUUGUAGAGAGUUUUCAAAGUUUUGUAAAGUUUGUUCUGGAUUAUUCUGGGACUACCUGAGAGCUCCAGGUGUGACCCCCCCCCCCCCCCCUUCGUCGUUGGUCACUAUUAGCCUGUUUAGCCUGUUAGCAAUUAGCCUGUUAGCUGUUAGCCAGUUAGCUGUACAGAGGAACCUCCGGGGGGCCAAGGAUGUCCUCAGCGGAGCCUGGAGGGGGGCUGUUCCUCAUCAGCCUGCCGGCCUCGGUCCUCUGGGAGUUCUGCAUGAUCAUGGACGGACUUUCAGACCUGGACUGGACCCGCUUCGCCUCAUUGGUCCUCAGUGAUCAAACCCUCCUCCGAUUGGCUGAGAAAAGUGAGAGGCGGACCGACUGGGUGAUGAACCGUUGGGUGGACAGGAAUGGCCGCGUGAGCGAGCUGCUUGACCUGUUGGAGCGUCUUCAGUUGCUCCGCCCCCGUGAUGUCAUCCUGAACUGGGUGUCCAAUCAGAGGCUGUCCUCUCCCCCUCUUCCUACUCCCCUUCCUCCCCCUCCUCCCGCCCCGACUCUCCCUCGGUUUAACCCGCUUCCUAAACCACCGGAGGCCCCGCAGCCACUGAGAACCUGCAACUUUGAAGAUAAAGGAGGAGGAAGACCCCUCCCUGGACCUGCUCCGCCCCCGUCAGGCCUGAAGUCUGUCCCCAACAGACCGCCUGCGCCCCCUCCAAGCAUCGGGCUGAUGUGCUGGUCGUAUGAAGAGGUGCAUGCUGGGACAAUGGGGUUCUCCCCCUCCCAGCAGGUGGGGGAGGGGGGGUUUGGAGUGGUGUACAGAGCAAAUAUGAGGCGGACGGACUGUGCUGUGAAGAGACUCAAACAGGAUUGCAUGCAGGAUUGGGCUCUGCUGAAGGAGAGUUUCCAGACUGAGGUGGAAAAACUGACCACAUUCAGACACCCGAACAUCGUGGAUCUGCUGGGCUUCAGUGAGGGACCAGAGUGCGUGUGCCUCAUCUACAGCUACAUGGAGAACAGAUCGCUGGACGACCAGCUCCACAGCGGCGGUCUCACCCUCUCCUGGUCUCAGAGAGUUGGUGUUGUUGAAGGAGCAUCAAAGGCUCUACAGUUCCUCCAUCGACCCCCCGAAGAGCACAGACCGCUGAUCCACGGGGACGUCAAGAGCUCAAACAUCCUGCUGGACGGCCACCUGGUGGCGAAGCUGGCAGACUUUGGUUUGGCUCGGUUUGGGUGUCGCAGCACGCCGGAACGUUCGGCGGCUCAGACGACGUCGGUCGGUAACACGGAGACUGUUCGGGGGACGCUGGCGUACCUGCCUGACGAAUACGUGAGGAACGGACAGCUGGGGACCGCCGUGGACGUCUACAGCUUCGGAGUGGUGUUGUUGGAGAUUCUGACGGGUCGACGAGCGAUGGAGAGGGACGCAAAGUCAGGAGAGAAAUACCUGAAGGACCUGGUGGAGGAGGUGGAGGACAGUCCGGCUGGUUCCUGUGUAGAAGAAUGGAGGAAACAGCUGGACCAUCGGCUGUUCUCAGGGGGCGCUGCAGAGCCUGCUGGCUGUAUGGAGGUGGUGUCUCUGGCCUGCAAGUGUCUGAAUAAGCACAGGAGGAAGAGACCAGCCAUGGUCCAGGUUUUUGACAAACUUCAGGACAUCCACUGUCAUUUAAAGGGAAAAAGCUCCUCCUCCUCACCCUCCUCCUCCCUUCAUCAGCUUUAUCACCCACCCUCAUCCCUCCCCAGACCCCCCCGGUCCUUGGACUCCAGUGUGGACUCUCUGUCCCAAAAAAUGUCCAGGCUGGGACCACUGGAGGACACGUACCACCCCUCCAUAUCUUCCUCUUCCUCCUCCUCCUCGUCCUCUUCCUCGUCCUUCUGCUCCCUGCCUGACCCACUACACUCCUCCGCCUCCCUCCCCCGCUUCUCUUCUUCCUCCCCCCGCCUCUGCUCCUCGUCGUUGGUCGGUCCGUGUGAGACCGAUGAGAGUCGAGGUUUUUCUCAGUACAACCUUCGCUCUCAGGGCAGAUCUAACGGUACCAGAUCCUCCACACAGCAGAGUCGAGCCGGGCCCUCAGAGUCCGGCUUCAACCAGCCGUCUGUCCCCUCUGAGGACCAGUACAACUUCCCACCCCAGUCCAGCUUUAGCAGGGACAGGUCAGGGAUCUUCACAGGGGGAGCCACAGGAGGAAGCCUGUCUCCUGCGGGGUCUCUGCAGUCGUCGUCCCCAGGGCCUUCAGUGGUCAUAAAUCCCAGUAAACAACGUUUUCUCGAGAAGAAGUCUCAGUAUGAGGAGGGAAGGAUCCGGACUCCUGAGCUGCUGUCAGCCGACGACCUCUAUGUUGGGAAUAGUUCAGACGGGGCGCGGGGACCAGAAGAGAGCGACGAGCUGGACUACCUUCCAGUUGAUCACACCUGACCCGGACUCAGAGUUAGGCUCGGUCCAAACUAGCAGCAUCCAUGGAGCUGUAUGAGAGAGAGGCGAGCCACACCCAGGUACGACGUGGAGCCUCAUCUCACCUGAAGGACCAACAUUGUCUCAUUGUGGGGAUCAUGUCUUCUUUUCUGACACAAAAUAAUGAAAAUGGGAGUCUGCCUGGAAUAUUUAAAUGUUUUUCUCUUUUUAAUGUUUUAUAUUCAACCCGCUGAGGUACUCAGACAUUAAGGUUAAUUUAUCUAAAUGAUGCUUUGUCCGUUAAAUAUUUCAUCUCAUUUACCAAAGAGAUUUUUUCUCUUCUUCUAUCAUGUUGUCUCUGUCUCUUAUUUAUAACACCAUACAUCCCAUAAUAUCCUCUGUGGUCUAUAACAAGCAUUUCCCCAUCCUGCAGUGUUAGUCAGCGGCACGAAGAAAAUUCCAUUUCACUUUUUAUUUAUUAUCAAUAUUUUACUUUAUACUUUUGUACCAAACACAGGUUUUAAAGCUGUGAUAUUUUUAAAUGAAUGGUAUUAAAAUAUCUCUGUUUAUUAA